CCCUCACAAUCACAAACCGUCUUUCUCUUUCUCACAAACGUUGAACCAAUUCUCUGGUACCAUGUCUAUGACUAGUAUAUUUAUAACCAAACCAAACUUCUCUGUGUGCACAAGCUCGGCAUCAUCGUCUUCAUCCUUCACUUUUCUUCUCCUUCACAUGAAAAAUUGAACACCGACUAAAAAAAAUUUUAAAAUUCAAAAUAAAAUUUAUAUUAAGCUUCGGAAUGGUGGAGUCUCCCAUGGCUGGCGCGCUAGUUCCAGCUGUGAAAUCGGAACAACAGCCUCCGUCGACGGCGGACGCGCCUUCGCAACCACUGCUACAGGUGGUGGAGGAAGAGAAGGCGGAGACGGAGACCGAUAAGGAUACCUUGUGUCCGAUAUGCAUGGAGAUUAUAAAGGACGCGUUCCUGACGGCUUGUGGACAUAGUUUCUGCUACAUGUGUAUUUUCGCUCAUUUGAGAAACAAAAACAACUGUCCUUGUUGUGGUUAUUUCUUAACUACCAAACAUAUUUUCCCUAAUUUAUUGCUUAAUAAGUUAUUGAAGAGAAUGUCUGCUGCUCAAGUAGCGAAGUUUGCAUCACCAGUUCAACAUUUACGUCAAGCAUUACAACAGGGUUAUGAAGUGUCAAUUAAGGAGGUAGAUGGCCUAUUGGCUUUACUUGAGGAGAAGAAGAGAAAGAUGGAGCAAAAAGAAGCCGAGACCAACAUGCAAAUUCUACAUGAGUUUUUGUAUUUUCUACGGAAGCAAAAGCUUGCAGAGCUCAAUGAGAUUCAAACUGACCUUCACAGCAUUAAGGAGGACAUGCAUGCGGUAGAGAGAUAUAGAAAAGAAAUACACAUGGCCAGAGAGAGAUGCUUGCUAAAACGAAGGACACUUGAUGAUGUACAAGGGUGCCCAGGUUCAUCGAAGUCACACAAUUCACAGAAGACUGAUGAGAAGGCUCAAGUAAGCUCUCAAGGUGUCCAAAUUAGGGAUGUUUGUGGUGCGUCUGAUUCACAGCAUGUUACUCAACUUGGACUGCCUACUGCAAGAAAAAGGCGAGUCCAAGCUCAGUUCAAUGACUUGCAAGAGUAUUACUUGCAAAAACGGCGGCAUUGGACCAGACUAUCACAUAAACAGGGAGAAAUGGACAAAAGCACAAUAAGUAAAGAAGGAUAUAAUCCUGCUCUUAAGGAUUUCCAAUCCGUGCUAACUAAUUUUACACAGUACAGUCGAUUGAGGGUCAUCGCUGAGCCUAGGCAUGGGGACCUUUUCCAUGCUGCAAGUGUUGUCUCGAGUAUAGAAUUUGAUCGUGAUGAUGAAUUGUUUGCUACAGCUGGAGUUUCAAGGCGCAUUAAGAUUUUUGAAUUUUGCUCAGUGGUGAAUGAACCAACUGAUGUGCAUUAUCCCAUUAUGGAAAUGCCUACUCGAGCUAAACUUAGUUGCUUGAGUUGGAGCAAGCAUACAAAAAAUCACAUUGCUAGCAGUGAUUAUGAGGGAAUUGUAACUGUCUGGGAUGUAACAACUCGUCAGAGUGUGAUGGAAUAUGAGGAACAUGAGAAACGGGCUUGGAGUGUUGAUUUUUCAUGCACUGAACCUACCAUGCUUGUAUCUGGUAGUGAUGACUUCAAGGUUAAAAUCUGGUGCACUAAGCAAGAAGCAAGUGCUCUUAGCAUUGAUAUGAAAGCAAAUAUUUGUUCUGUCAAGUAUAAUCCAGGGUCCAGCGUUCAUGUGGCGGUGGGUUCUGCAGAUCGUAAUAUUCACUAUUAUGAUUUAAGAAAUAUUAGCCAGCCACUGUACGUGUUCAGUGGUCACAGAAGAGCUGUUUCAUACGUGAAAUUUUUGUCUAGCAAUGAACUGGCUUCUGCAUCUAUUGACAGCACAUUGCGCUUGUGGGAUGUAAGAGAAAAUUUGCCAAUACGCACUUUUAGAGGCCACACGAAUGAGAAAAAUUUUGUGGGUCUUUCAGUAAACAGUGAAUAUAUAGCCUGUGGUAGCGAAACAAAUGAAGUGUUUGUGUAUCACAAGGCAGUCUCCAAACCUGCAGCUUCCUACAGAGUUAGCUCUGAUGUAGAUGAUGUCGAUGACAAUGUGGCAUCAUAUUUCAUCAGUGCAGUUUGCUGGAAGAGUGAUAGCCCUACAAUGUUGGCUGCAAACAGUCAAGGAAGAAUUAAAGUGCUUGCACUCACAGCCUAAACGGUCAAAUCAAAAUCAAAAGCAAUCAAAAUUAAUUUUACGGUCAAGAUAGUAAAUCUGUAUAUGCCAUUAAAUAUGAAAUAGGUUGAUUAGCAAAGAUCCCAGGUUCACUUAGUAUCAAAUAUUACUGUGUAUCAGCUAUAUGGUUCUCAAGCCUUUGUUUUAUGGUUUCUUUAUCUUAAUAUGAUUUAGAAGUAUAGAUUUAGAAAAUCCUUCAUUAA